UGCGUUCACAAAGUGUUCAUAGCAGGAGAGGAACUUGUAGCACGUGAACGUAAGCAAUGGCAUCCCUUAGGCUCAUCCUGUGCGCUGCCUUCGCUGUGGUUCUAAUGGCAGCAGUUGAAGUGAGGUCAGAAGCCUUUAUAUGCGAGGUCAACUACCCGAAGAUAGGAAAAUGUCCCUCCCAUCUGAGCAUAGAAAACUACCCCGCCGCCCCGUCGCCUCCCGACUGCGCCUGCUCCCACGACCGCGACUGCCCGGAGGACCAGCUGUGUUGUGAGGGUCAGGGCGGGUUCCGGUCCGCUUGCUACGAACCCGAAGCGUAGGAACCGGAGUAUCGGUUGGUGAGUUCUGGCUGAAGGGGGAAUUUGUAUCUGAUGAAGUAAAGAGUGUGUCACGUUU